UGACCAGCGUGGUGGGUGGUAGCCCAGGUGGAAUAAGAGCCCUGGGGUGGAGUUUGGAGGCCUAGGAGGGGCCUAGGGCAGGAGAGGGCUCAUCCCAGUGGCCAAGGCAUUCCAUGUGAUGGAGGGCAGGGCUUAGGCAGGAAAGGCAGACUGGGUCUUGAACUGCUGGCCCUGGAUGUGAUUGGAGGAAAGAGCCCUUCCUGGGGGCCUCAGAGUCUGGGCAGAGCCUGGGAGGACCUUCCCAAAGUGGGCUGGCUGAAAACUGGAACUUGUGCUGAGACUGGGCUGCCUUCUUCCCUCUGAAUUGAGAUUUCUCUGCCUUCCUCCCUCACAGCUUAGAUCACUGCUGCCUUCUCUUGGACCUGAGAUCUCUGCCUUAGGAUGCCAUCACUGUGGGUGCAGACCCAAGGCCAGCCUCCUGCCCUGGGAUCCUUCUUCCUCCCCAGCUCAGUGUGCAGAGGAUCAAGGCCUGACCCAGCAGGGACCCUGGAGUCAGAGGGAAUGGCCCCUGGAAGCCGCAGACCCCCAAUCCAGGAGUUGGUGACAUUCAAGGAUGUGGCUGUGGACUUCACCCAGGAGGAGUGGGGCCUCUUGAACAAUCCUCAGAAGGAGUUGUACAAGGAGGUCAUGCUGGAGAAUGCCCAGAACAUGCUCUCCCUGGGGCUGCCAGUUCCCAGAGAAGAUUUGUUCUCUUAUUUUGAGGAAAGGGAAGCACCAUGGCUGCUGGAGCAAGAAGGCCUGAGGAGCUGCUGUGCAGAAAGAGAGAUUAGACCUGAAAUGAAAGAGACUACUGCAAAGCUGAGCAUUUCUGUGAAAGAAACUCACCAGGAAAACUUCAUGAGUGAUGGUUCCUGUGAUUUCAUUGGGAGACAAAUAUGUGCUGUACUUAACAGAAUUCACACAGGAGACAAAUGUUACAAUUGUCAUCAUGGUAGGAAAGAGCCUAGUGAACAGUCAUCCCUUAUUUACCAUCAACAAAUGAAUACUAGAGAGAAAGCAAAUGAGUGUCAAGAAUGUGGUGAAGCUUUUAGUGAACAUUCAUCCUUCAUUAUACAUCAGAGAAUUCACACUGGUAGGAAACCUUAUGAAUGUGAUCAUUGUGGAAAGACUUUUAGAAGAAGCUUUCAUCUUGCUCGACAUCAGGCAAUCCACACUGGAGAGAAACCUUAUAAAUGUAAUCGAUGUGGAAAGGCUUUCACCCAGAGUUCCAGUCUUGCUACACAUCAGAAAAUCCACAGUGGGGAGAAGCCUUAUGAAUGUGAUCAAUGUGGAAAGGCUUUCACACAGAGUUCCAAUCUUUCUGCUCAUCAGAAAAUCCACACAGGGGAGAAACCUUAUAAAUGUAAUCAAUGUGCAAAGGCUUUCACACGGAGCUCCUAUCUUGUUUUACAUCAAAGAAUCCACACUGGAGAGAAACCUUUUGAAUGUAAUCAAUGUAGAAAGACUUUCAGACUGAACUCCUUACUUGCCAUACAUCAGAAAAUCCACACGAAACUUUAUCACUGUGAUCAAUGUGGAAAGGCUUUCAAAGAGAGCUCCAGUUUUGCUAAACAUCAGAGAAUCCACACAGGAGAGAAGCCUUAUGGAUGUAAUCAAUGUGGAAAGGCUUUCACACAGUCUUCCAGUCUUGUUGUACACCAGAGAACCCACACUGGAGAAAAACCUUAUACAUGUCAUCAAUGUGGAAAGGCUUUCACACAGAGUUCCCAUCUUGCUGUACACCAGAGAAUGCACACUGGAGAGAAACCUUUUGAAUGUGAUCAAUGUAGAAAGACUUUCAGACUGAGCUCCCUACUUGCUCUACAUCAGAGAAUCCACAUUGGUGAGAAACUUUAUUAAUGUAAUUAGUGUGGAAAGGCUUUCACACAGAGCUCCAAUCUUGCUGCAUAUUACAGAAUCCACACUGGAGAGAAACGGUAUAAACAUAUUCAAUG